CACUCAAGUUCUUGUUUGAAUACACAAAGAAACCAUGUCAUCAUCAACAGUCUUCCGGUUAAUAGACGCAGCUCUGCACUGCCAUUGUGGCUGAAAAAGGAAAUAUGGGGUACGGAGCGGGCCCACGUAUUUAUGGAUCAUUCAUCUCUCAAACUGUUACUAACAGUGCUAUCUAUACUGGAAUAAUAAUAGAUUCACUGCUAAUUAGUUAGCAAACUAGUAGUUGGUGACAACCACAGACUUUUGAGUCAGCGGAUCUGCCAAGCAGCCCAGCAGUCUGUCUAGUGUCUUGGGGUUCAGCUUGCGGUAUUUAAAUAGAGGGGCUGUCUUCUGGAUUUCAAGAACCCUCCAGCACUCUGACACUUUUAUUGCAUAUUGAAUCAAUCUCCAACACUUUGACUCGAUCAUAUCAUAUCAUAUCAUAUCAGAUACAGCGCACGGAUACGAUAGUACUCAGAAACCAUGUCGUUCUUAAAGAAGUUUGAAGAUAUGAACCUCUUCAACAAGCACGAGGAGAGACAAGAAGUCUCUCGCGGCUACGACUCCUACGGCCGUCCUCCACCACCUCCUCCCCAGCAACCCUACGAUGCCCCCUACGGCCAGCAGCAGCCAUACAGCCAGCCCGGAUACGGCCAACCUUCCUACCCUCCUCAACAGCAGCAGCCCUACGGCGCUCCUCCUCCCUCAUACCGUCCUCCUCCCGUCGCUCCCCCACCACUCCCCGCUGGCUGGAUCCAGCAAUGGGAUUCAUACAGCCAGCGUGCCUUCUACGUUGACCAAUCCACCGGCCGUUCGCAAUGGGAGGCACCUUACUCGCCCGGCUACGACGCUCCUCGCGCUGAGCCUUAUGGAGGUGGCUAUGCCCCUCCGGCUGGUCCCCCGCCAGGCGAGUAUUACGUUGAGGAGAAGAAAGAGGAAAAGCACAGUGACACAGGCAAGAUUGUCGCUGCGGGAGCGAUAGGAGUUGCUGCUGGUGCGAUUGGUGGUGCUCUGUUGGAGCAUGAGUUUAACGAAGAAAGAGAAGAAGGCGAGGAAGAAGGACGCGCAGAAGAGCGCGCAGCGGAGUACUCUGCCCCUCCUGAGUACCCGCCCUCUGCGUCGAGCAGUGACGUCGAGGAUCUGCAGGAGGCGAGAGAAGAGUACGAAGAAGCGUAUGAGGAGGUGUAUGACUAAGUUGAUGGGAAUGAGAUUGAUGCAUGUCAGAUAGAUAGAUAGAUGAUAUCUACAAGAUGAUGGUGUCAUUGAUUAGAGAUGGAGUGGUUGUUAGAUACAUCCUAUAGACAUUUACUCCUAUUAAUCUGGGGAAGGGAAUUCGAGAGAUGUU